AUGGAAAAGAAUAUAUAUAAUUAUCAUAACAUAAACAAAGGAAUAGUAAACAGUUAUUUUAGAAAUGAAAAUUUAUGUAAUGAAAUUAAUUAUGACAACAAUAAUAGAAGUUAUUAUUUGAAUCCAUUAAACAAUUUAUAUGCUUCUUCACUUACAGAUAAUAACACAGAAAAUAGUGAAUAUAAUCAAAGAAAUUUAAAUUUUUAUAAUAUUUGCGAUUAUUCAUUAGCUGAUAAUUGCUUAUCUAAUUCAAAAGUUAAUUUAUUAAAUAAUAACAUAAUGUAUCAGAAAGGAAAUAUAAAUCAAGAAAAUAAUUUAAAUUGUUCAAACAAAUUUUUUGAAAUAUGUUCUUUAAGCAAUGUUAAUCAAAAUUGUAAUAAAGAUUUAUGUAUUCAAUGUACAUGCUUCAACAGAAAUCCAUCUGAAAUAAAUAAUCUUGAUGAAAAUAUAAAAAAUGUUUUUGAUAGAAAUAUUUUUAAUAAAUCUUCUCCAUAUUCAAAUUAUAAUAUAUAUCCGUUAAAUUCAAAUAGUAAUAUGAAUAUUUUAUAUCAUGCAAAAAAUAAUAUUUGUUCUUUACAUCAAUGUGUAGAUACGCAUUUUAGCGCAAACACAAACAAUGCACUAUUAAAUUUAAAUUCGCUAAAUAAUAAGGAAAAAAAUACAAAUAUAACAUGUAAUACAAAUCAAAAUUUAAAUCAUACUUUAAAUCAAAGUUUAAAUCAAAAUAUAAAUCAAAUUACAAAUCAAAAUUUAAAUAAUGAUUUAAGUCAAAGUUUAAAUGGUAAUUUAAAUCAAAUAUUCAAUCAAAAUAGUAAUAAAAUUUUAAAUAAAGCUAAAAAUCAUAUUUUACAUCAUAAUAACAAUCAAAUUUUAAAUCAAAUUAAUAAUAAAGUUUUACAUCAAAAUAAUAAUCAAAUUUUAAAUCAAAAUAAUAAUCAAAUUUUAAAUCAAAAUUUAAAUCAAAAUAUUAAUCAAAUUUUGAAUAAUAAUUUAAAUCAUUCUCAAUAUUUAAUUGAAAAUAGAAACAAAAAUGUUGAUAUUAAUUCAAAUGCUACGCUUAAUUCUCUAGAUUAUAUAAAAUUGAACCCUUUGAAUAAUUCUCUACUAAAUAAUUCUUUAAAUCCCAUUUUAAAUGUAAGUACGUUAAAUAAUAUGCAUAAUAAUAAUCCUUUAAAUGCAACUGUAAAUAUGAAUACAUCAAAUAAUAUACAGAAUACUAUAAGUGUUCCAUCCAAUGUGAAUGCAUCAAAUAAUUUAAAUAAUACGGUUGAUAUAUCAUCUAAUUUAAUUUUGAAUUCUUUAAAUAAUAAUGGGAAUACAUCAAAUAUAAAUACUCAUAAGCAAAAUAUAAAUUUAAGUACUCCGAAUCUAAGUAUCAACACUUUAAAUAAUUCACAAAUUAAUAAUAUAAGAAGAAAUAUAAAUUCCAAUUUAAAUUUAGUAAAUUAUCCUGAGGUAAAUAUGAACUUAAGCACAAUAGAUGGUAACAAUCGGGGUUAUUUAGAUAAUAAAAUUCCAUGUGAUAUUUUAGAUAAUCAAAAAUCAUAUAAUUGUUUAAAUAUAAAUAAUGAAUUAAUAUCUAAUAAUUUAUAUAAAAAAAAUAUAAGAAAUAACUUAGUAUAUACUAAUAAAAAUAAUAACAUAAAUAAUUCAUUAAUUUCUAAUAACUUAUAUAAAAUCAAAUUACAGCAAUGUGCAGAAAAUAGAGAAAAUUUGUCCAACAUGAAAAUGGAAUAUAACAACAAUUGUGAUUAUAAAGAUAUAUAUAAUUCAAAUAAAAAUGACAAUGAUAACUAUAUAAAGCAUAGAAAAUCAUGUUAUUUUACUAAUGAAAAUUUAAACCAUGAAUUUGAUGAAGUUAAUCAAGAAGGCAGAAGGGAUUUUUCAAUAAAUAAGUGUUUUAAUUUAAAACAAAGCAAAUUAAUAAAUAAAAGAAGUUACGAUUUAUGCACAAAUCACAAAAAUGAGUAUCAUAACGAUAAGAACUUUGAUAAUUUUAGUCAACAUAAAAAUAAAAAUUUGCCAUUUGCGAAUUUAAAUAAUAAAAGUAAGCAUAAAGAUAGAUAUUAUUCAAAUAACAUAUCAAUAAGAAAUAAUAAUAAUAAUUUUAAUGAAAAAGAAAACUAUAGUGAUGAUAGUAACGAAUUCGACAGAAGUAAUUGUAAGAAUAUAAAAUAUUAUAAUGAGAAAAUGAUGUUAAACAGAAACUUUAAAAGCACAAAAUUUAGUAAUAGUGAUAAAUCUUUUUCUACUAAUAAUGAUAAAAUGAAAGAAAGUUAUUAUAAAGAAGAAAAUAAAAUAAAAGAAAAGAAAUAUAUUAAUAGAUAUUUAUAUAAUUUAAAAGAUAAAAAAAAUGAAUCAUUCAAAGAAAAUAAUUUGUUAUCUUCAGUUCGUUCUUCUCGUAGUUCUGCAUCCACUUCCUCUUCCUCUUCAUUUUUUACUAACGCUUGGAAUGAAAAGUUAAAAAAAAGAAAAAUGAAUAAAGAGACAUUUAAUAUGCAUAUUCCUAAGAAAAAAAAAAGACCAACAGUCAUAGAUUUUAUAAAUGAAAAAUGGAAUAGAAAUUCCUUUAAGGAAAAUGAAAGAGAGAACAAAAAUCAAAGUAAAAGUGGAAACGAAAAUGAAAGGGAAAAUGAAACUGAAAGUGAAAAUGAAAGGGAAAAUGAAACUGAAAAUGAAAAUGAAAGGGAAAAUGAAACUGAAAGUGAAAAUGAAAAUAAGAAUGAAAGUGAACAUGAUGAAUACAGUGAUAACAGUUUUGAUAAUCUUGAAAAAAUGUCAAAUAAAAGUUAUAUCUAUCAAAAAAAGAGAACUUAUAAUCAUUUAGGAGUAAGAAAAAAAUAUCAAACAUCAAUUAAAAGUAAUUCAUUAUACUCAGAUAAAGAAAAAAAAUGUGAAAGUAAAUGUGACUAUGAUUCAAAUGAAAAUUACUCAUCUUGCUCAGGAGGAGAAAAAAAAGAUCAUUAUGAUAGUGAUAACGAACAGAGUGAAAAAGAAAAAAGAAUAAAAACAAAUAGACAAAAAAAAUUAAUGAAAAAUUAUAAAUUGAAAGAUUCAAAAUCAUAUAUGCGAAACAAAUGCCCAGAAGAUUUGACACAUAAAGGUGAAAUAAAAUAUGAUAGAGAAACAGAAACAAAAAAAAAUAAUAAUAAUAUUAAAAGGAGGAGAAGCAAUUUUAAGUUUAAAAGUAAUGAAUGUGAGGAAUAUGAAAAAAAGAAAAAUCAUUUAAAUAAGGAUGAUUAUAAAGAUGAACUAUAUAAUACAGAUGAAGAAUUAUAUAAAAACAUAAACUCAAAUAUAUAUUAUAAUAAUAAAGAUCAUGAUAUGGUUGAUGAUCAGACAGAUAAUAAAUAUUUUGAAAUUAGGGAGGAAGAGGAGGAAGAGGAAGAAGAAGAGGAAGAAAAAGAGGAAGAAGAAGAAGAAGAAGAAAGAGAAAAAGAAGAAGAAGAAAAAAAAGAAAAAGAAGAAAAUAAAAAAGAGGAAGCAGGAGAAGAAAAAGAAGAAAAUAAAAGAGAGGAAGCGGGAGAAGAAAAAGAAGAGGAAGAAAAGGAAGAAAAAAGAAAAAAAAAAAAAAAAUAUGCAAAGGUACAAGAUUAUAAUAAUGUGAAUAUUAAAAGUAGAUUAAUGUAUGAAGAGAAAAAAGAAAAUAAUGAUAAUUUAGGAGAAAAAAAAAGUGAUGAUAUAAACAGUUUAACAGCUAAAAGUAUCUCCUUAGAUGAAUCAAGUAGUUGCAGUGAAUCUAUCAAUGAAUCAAUUAAAGGUGAAAGCUCAAUAGAUUCUGAAUCUAUUGAAAGUUCCGAGUAUUUAAUGGAAUCUACUUCUGAUGAAAUCACAAAAACGGAAAGUACAAGUAAUAACAGUGAUAACUCAUUUUAUAAUAAUAGUAAUAAUAGUAGUAGCAGUAAACAUAUUAGUAGUAAUAAUAAUGGUAGUAGUAGUAAUAACAAAAAUAUUUUGCUUAAAAAUGAUAUAUAUAAAAAUACCAAUUCAAACAAAAAUAAUAAAUAUACGUGUAAAAUUCCAUCUAAUAAUUAUUUAUUAAAACAAGUAAAUGAUAUAAAUUUCUUUCCAAUUAACGUUUAUAGAAAUAAAGAAAAGGCAAACAAUUUACAUGUAAAUGAAGAGCAUGAUAAUUAUUUUUAUAAAAAUAUUUCCAACAUUAUAAAAUGUUACAAAGCAAAUGACAUAUUAAAUGCUAAUAAUUCUUGUAUAAUCAAAGACAAUAAAUAUAUGUAUACUAAUUUAAGAGAUUUAAAUUAUAUUAAAAAACAAUUAAUUCUCAAUUAUUUAAAGGAAUAUUUUAUUAAAAAAAAAAUAAAUAUAUAUGAAUAUAUAAUACUUCUAUCUUAUUUAUUUUAUAAAAAAUCAAAAUAUAUUGGUUUUAAUAAAGUAUAUUUAUAUAAUACUAUGAAAAAUUUAUCUCCUCACAUAUGGAAUUUAAAUAGAAAGUGUAAUGAUAUAGAAAUUAGAAAUUUUUUUUACUUCAUGAGUAAAGUUUUUGUUCUACAUGACUAUUUUAUAUUUAGAAUAAAUAUAUUUGCAUUUAAUUGGUUCAUUUUAUAUAUAUAUAAAAUUAAAUUAAAACAUGUAUCAUUUCUGGAAGAUAUAAAUCUUUUAAUAAAUUUGAUGGCUGGAUUUUUAAUGAAUAAAAAAUUUCUAAAUUAUUCUAUUCUUUUUGUUAUUAAUGUAGUACUUCAAAGAAAUAUUGGAAAGUCAUUAUAUAUUGGCUUGAAUUACAAUUAUAUUUGUUCUUUGUACAUUUCCUUGUUUUCCAAAAUUAUGUGUUUAUCAAAAGAUCAUAAAAAUUUUUUAAAAAAAUUCAAAAUUUAUUUAAAAAAAAAUAAUGAUACAAUAAAUAUAAACUUAGAAAAAAAUAAUGAGAUUAUUUUAGAAAAUUUUCAAGAUGAUGAAAAGAAAGAAAAAGAAAUUAAAAUUAGUAAAAAUGAAAAAAAUUGUUUCGAAGAAAAAAACAGAAAUAUAUAUGAUAUGGAUAAGAAUUUAGAUGAAAAAAAAGAAUCGAUACGAAAUGAAAACAAUUCUACAGAGAAUACAAAAAAGGAAAAGUCAAUAAGACAAGAUUUAAUUAUAUUAUACAUAUUAUAUAUUUCAAAAAAUAAUUAUUCCAUAUAUGUUAAUGUUUUAAAGCAUUUUUUUGAAGAUAUAAUUAAAUUUAAAUUAACAUAUAACUUUUAUAAAAUAAAAAUUAAGAGUAAAUUUUUAUAUAAAAGGAUUAAUCGUUGCUUGAAAAAUAUUAAAAUAAAUUUAAAUAAAAUAAAUCAAAAAAAGAGAAAAAGAAAAAAAAAAAAAAUUUCAAAAAAUAUUAAUGAUAUUAAUAAAGAGAAUUUUUCUUAUGACGAUUAUAAAAAUAAAAAUUAUUCAUUCAUUUAUUUAUUUAUUGCAUUACUGAUGGAAUAUAUUUCCUUUUCUGUUAAUCAAAGUGUUUCUAGUUAUUUUGAAAAUGAAACAAUAAAAAAAAUAUAUCAGUUAUUAUUUUCAUAUAUAAAAGAAUACAGUGAUACUGUAUAUAAAUAUAUGAAAUAUAUAACAUUGGAUCAAUUAAAAAUUUAUAAAAAUAUUUGGUUACGAAAUAUUUUUACUAUUAUAAACUUGAAAAAAUUUUAUAAUUUAGAUGGAUAUUUCAAUGAAAAUUUUUACACCGAUUUUUUGUGUUCUAUUAAAGGUGAUGAUAUUAAUAGGAAAAUUUUGCAUGCUAAAAAUAUUGAAAAAGAAAAAAAUAAUAAAAUGAUUAAAAGAAAAACAAAUGAUCAAGUGAAUUUAGAGAUUGAUUUUAGUAAUUUAAUAAAUUUAGAAAAGAAAAAAAGAAAGGAUGAAAAUGAAAAUUUUAAUACAGAGGAAAUUUUGGAAAAUAAUGAAAAAUUUAUACAACCAAAAUAUAUAUUUUACAAAACAAUAGAAAAGGGAGAAAUUAAUGAAGAUAAAAUAGGAUUCAUAAAAGAGGUAGAAACACUUAAUGAGUUAAAUAAAGAAUUAACAACAGAAAUAAAGAAAUGUGAUGAAAAUAAAUAUAACCAAUUAGAAUAUAAGAAUAAAGAUUUCAUUAAAAAUAUGAGUACUUGUGUUAAUUUAAGUUUUAAAAAUAACAGUAUACUAUAUAAUAGCUAUAAUUCUAAUGACAAUAAUAUAAAUAAUACAUAUUAUAAAUUAAACAACGUAAGAGAACAUAAAAUAAAGAAAUCUCAAAUAAACACAAUUCCAUAUAGGAAAGGCGUUUCAUAUAAUACAUCUUACGACAAUUGUGUUAUAAAUACAAAAAAAAAAUCAAAAAAUUAUAAUUAUAUAAAAAAAAAAAAUUUUUUGAAUAAUAAACUUAUAGAGACUACCUUUUUAAUUUUAUGUAAAUGUUUGAUAAUAUUUAAAAAUGGUAUUUUAUUUAAAAGCAUAUUUGAUAUUUUAUUUUUAUUCUUUAUAAAUAAAAUAAAAAAAGAGCAGUUAAAACACUUUUUGAGUAAAAUAUAUAUAAAAGAUAGUCAAUUACGUAACAUAGUAACAAGCAUAUUAGUAAAAAAUGAUACAAAUAAAAGUUACUUACAAAAUAUUUAUUUUAUCAAUUAUUAUUUAAAAAGGAAAAAUAAUUGUGAAGAUAAUGAUAUUGACAUAAAUUUAGUAGAUAUUAACUUAGCUCAUUUAUUUUCAUUUUAUUUUUCUAAAUGUUUAAAAGGGAAAACAACGUACCAAAAAGAAAAAAAGUUUAAAAUGAAUAUUCUAAAUAAUUACUUAAAUUUACGAUUAUAUAUGAAACCUUGUUCGUGCAUAUUUUUAUCAUAUAUAAUUUUUUUUUCAUUAAUUUUUAAAAAUUUUAGAAUGCAUUUUAUGCAUUUUACUAAGUUUUCUUUUUCACUGAAAAAAAAAACGCCAAAUAAACUUAACAACAAAAAAGAAUUUAGUUGCAAAACAGUCCUAAACGCAAAUAAUAAAAUAGUUGAUUUAAAAAAUGAAUUUCAUCAUGAUAAACAUAUAAAUUAUUUGAAUAUAAUAAAUAAUAGUGAAAAUAAUUAUCAACAUAUUAAAAAAUAUCAUACUUUUAAUGAUUUAAAGGGUAGUGAAGAUUUUUAUGUAAUUUCAAGCAAAAAUCUAGAAGAUAUAAAGGAAUGUAUAAAUUAUAAUAUAUAUGAAAAUAAAGAUAAAAAUUUGGAAGAAAAAAGUUUAUUAAAUCAACCAAUUGAUAAUUUUCAAAUAAAUAAUAAAAUUAAAAAAACGUUGAAUAAUUCAGAAAAUAUUACUAAUAUUAAAAAGUUUAUAAAUGAUGGAACAAUUUUCUGUGAAAGAAAUAAUCAAGAAUUAUUAAAAUUAAUAAAUAAAUAUAAUCUUAUUCUUUCUGAUAAUUUCUUAAAUUUAUAUUUUAAUAGGAGAAAAAAAUACGUUAGUAAUAAUAAUAAUAAUACAGAUAACGAAGGUAAUAUUAAUUUAAGUAAAAAAAUAGAAAGUUUAUUAAUAAACGAAGAAAAUAUUAUUGAAAACCUUUAUUUUUUUAAGGAAGAAAUAGCUUAUCAUAUUUUAUAUGGUCUAUAUGAAUGUAAGAAGGAAUAUAAUGUGCAUACGGGAAAUAUUUUUUCUAAAAUAAAUGGUAAUAUAUUUAAAGGGGGCAUUGAAAAAAAAGUUAAAAGAAAUAAUAGUUGUAAUGAAAAAAAAGAAAAAAUAUAUGAUUUAUAUUUAAAAAAAAUGAAUAAUAUAAUAAAAUGGAGUAAAAAUAAUAUAGAUUAUAAUAAUAAAAAAAAAAAUAAAGUAAAACUUAAGUCAAGAAGAAAUAAAUAUACAAAUAUUAUAAUAGAUAUAUACCCAUUAAUUUUUUUAUCUUUAGUCAAAUUAUUAAAUGCAUCUAUAUUUAUUAAUGAUGAUGUACAAAAAAAAUCAUUUGAUGUGAAAAAUGAAAUAUUUCCCAUAAAUUUAUUCAUAUGUGUAGAAUUAAAUAAAAAAGAGGAAUUUUUGAAAAUUCAUGAAACUGAAAUAAAAAAUUAUGAAAAAGAAAAAAUGAAAUAUUCAUAUAUUAAAAGUUGCUUAUGUAAUGAAUUUUUUGAAAGUAAAAAUAAGAAUUUUUUUUUAAAAGACUGUUCAUAUAUUAAAAAAGAAAUUUAUAAUAAAGUAGAAAAAAAAAAAAUUAGGUAUGCAAAACCUCUCAUUCAAUGUAAUGCAGUAAAUAGUAGAUUAUAUUUAAAUUUAAUUGUAAAACUAUUAUAUAAAGAGAUAAAAACUGACUUUUUUUUAUUUCAUGAAUAUGAUGAUGAUAAAGUAUAUAUAUAUAGAAGUUUACUAAUUUUAUUAAUAUAUAAGUACCUAUCUUGUGGGCAUAAUUUAUUUUAUUUUAAAAAAAAAUUUAUAUUUUUCUUUAUUCAAAGAUUAUUUCGGUUGCUAUGUUUUCGUUUAAUGUGCUUAUUCUUAUCUACUGUUCAUAUAAACAAAUUAACUAGUGAAGUCAUUGUUAUUGAUGAUAAUUUUUUAAUAGAUACGUACUGCAAACACAAAAGUAAGAAAAGCCAAAAAAUAAAAAAAAAUAAAAUUUAUCAAAAAAAAUCUUAUAAUAUGUACAAAAAUUAUUCAGAAAAUUACUAUUUUAACUAUGAUUUUGUUGAAAACCUCAAUUUUAUAAUAAAUGAAGAAAAAGCGGAUGAAGAAGAAGAUGAUGAUGAAGAUGAAUAUGAAGAAGAAGAAGAAGAAGAUGAUGAAGAAGAAGAGGAUGAAGAAGAAGAAAGAGGAAGAGGAAGAGAAAGAGAAAGAGAAGAAAAAGGAGAAAGAAUAGAAGAAUAUCAAGUAAUAUAUGGAAAAGAAAAUUAUAUUGUAAAUAAGGAUUAUAAAAAAAAGUACAAUAUAAAUAACAAGAUUUUGAACAAAAGUUAUGAUAAUUUGAAUAAAAAUAAAGAUAAUAGUCAUAUUAAUUUUUACUUAAAAAAAAAUAAUAAUAAUGAAGUAAACGAAAGUUCACAAAAAGAAUGUAGUAAUUAUAAAUUGUAUGAUAACAAAUUAAGAAAUGAAAUGGAUAGUAAAAAAUUCACAAAAUUUCCUAUGAAUUCAGAAGAAGAUUAUCUUAGGAAGUAUAUUACAGUAGAAAAAAAAAAGAAAAAGAAGAAAAAAUAUAUAUAUAAACCAUUUAUAGCUUUUGGAAGUUUAGUAAUGACGAAAAAAGAGAUACUAAAAUUAAACUUAUUAGAGAGUAAAGAAUUAAAAAAGGAAAAAAUAUAUAUAUGUAAAAAUAUAUUAAAAAAGAAGAAUAAAAUAAAAAAUGUAAAUGUGAAAGAUAAUAUAAAAAUAGAUAAGGAUACUAUACAAUUAUCUUUAAUAUCAAUUAUAAUGCUUUUGAAUAUCUUAAGAAAAAACUCCAAUUAUUCAUUAAUAAUAAAUUUUUAUAUAAAUUUAUUAAUGGAUAAGUUUUUAGAAAAAAAAAAAUAUAUUCACAUAGACGAUUGUUAUUUAAUAAAUAGUUACAUAGUUAAAUUAAUAAACCCUUUGCAUAAUAAUCACAAAAAAGAGUUUUCUAUAAAUGAUAAUUAUUCAUUGAAAAAAAAAAUGGAAAUAAUAAAUAAUGGUUAUAAAUUUUAUGCGUCUUCAUGUAAAUUACAAAUAUUUGAAAUAAUAUUUUAUGAAACUUUAAAAAUAUAUUUAAGUUUUAUUAACGGCAGUUAUAUGCGCACUUUUAUUUCAAAAAUUGCUCAAUUAAAUAGUAUAUAUACUAAUAAAAACAUCCAUUUUAAAGUAAAAAUAAAUAGACUUUUAUGCAUCAAACUUAAUAAUUUAUUGUUAGAGCAACAAAUGAAUAUGAAAUUAAACAAAGUCGUUUUAAAUAACAUAUUAUCUGCUUGUAAGUUUUUUUUCAUUUCUUUACUCGAUGAAAAUGAAAACUGCAAUUUUUUUUUGAAUCAUCCAGAUAAUAGGUCUUUUCUUUUUAUGAAUUCUAAUAAUUUAUUGGGAAACAAAAAAGAAGAAGAAACAAAAUGUGUUCAUCACACUAAUGAUGAUAAAAUCCAAUAUACAAAAAAUUAUGAAUUAAUUUUUCAAAGAAAAGAAUAUGAAAAAUGUUGUGCAGUUAAAAAAAAUGAGAAUAUACUAAAUCCUUACCCAUGUGACUCUUUUAACAAUUCAAAUAUUUCUUUUAGUAUUUUAAAAACAAAUAAUUCAUUAAAUACAAAAAUCUUAAAUAUAGAAAUAGAAAAUUCUUAUGAGAAAAAUAAUUUAUCCUAUAGUGAACAAAUAAAGAGUGAAAAUAGGGUAGAUGAUAAAAAAGAAAAUAAGGUUUUAGUUCAUACGAAAUUAGAAAUGGAUAAAAAAGAGGAAAUAGAGAAAAAUUUUAAUCAAAAUGAAAAAGAAAGUUGUACAGAUAACUUAAUAAAUAAAGAUUAUGUUUUUAAUGAGCACUCAAAUGAUUAUGAGAAAAAUAGUGAAAACAAUUUAAAAAUUAGUCAGAACAAUAAUUUAAAAUAUGAUGAAAAUAAAUAUUUAAAUAAUAGAAAUAAUUAUGAUAAUAUUCUAUACAUGAAUGAUCAAUUAGUAAUCAAUUCGGAUUCUAAUGAUAUAAAAGGGAGAUAUGUAAAUGUUGUGGACAUGAGUAAAUAUUCACAAAAUACUGAUAAACUAAUAAAAAAUAAUAAUAAUUUAAUUUUAAAUAAUAAAAAUAGUGACUCGAUUUAUAAAUGUAAUAAUAUUACUUCAGAUACUAAAACAAUAGUUGAAAAUAAAGAGAAAUCAAAAAUAAGAAUUAUUUAUAAAAGUAAAUAUGAUAUAAAUUAUAAAGAAUAUGAUAAAACUAAUAAAAUAAAAAGUACUAUAAUAUGCAUGAAGCCAAAUGAUAUAAAUAAAUUAAUUGAUUGCUUUCUGAAACUAAAUAUAACAAUUUUUGAGUGUGGGAAAUUUAUAUACAACAAUAUUUUUAAAAAUAAAAAAGAAAAAUUCUGUGAAGAUAUAAAACAUGACAGAGACAUUUACAUGUGGUUUCAAAAUUCCUUAAAUACGCUAAAUUUAGAAAUAUGUGUGCUUAGUCAAUUUUAUAAUAAAUUUCAAAACACUACUAUUUAUGUUAAAAAAAAAAAAAAUUUCAUAAUUCAUACGAUAAAAAUAAAUUCGAAUAAAUUAAAAGAAAUGGAUGAAAUAAAGAAAUAUUUAGAAAUAUAUAUGCUAGAUACUAAAAAAAAAUAUGAAUUAACAAAGAUAAACUUUGAAAAAAAAGAGAAAUUAAAUAUGCUAGAUUAUAACAACUCUUUAAAUGAAAAUGAAAACGAAAAGGCAAAAAAAGAAGAAAAGGAAAAAGAAAUUAAUUAUGAAGAAUUAGUUGAUGACUAUGAUGAACUAAAUUCAUUUUUAGAUUUUAACUUAGACAAAUCAUCUGGCAUAAUAAUAGAAAGUACAAAUACUAAAAAUAAUUUUCUUAAAUGUACAAAUAAUAACAUUAAUAAGAUAAAUGAAUAUUCAAUAGAUGAAGAUUGGCUUAUGUAUAUUCGAUCAUUAAUUUGA